CCUGCUUUCUACACACGUAAAGUCAAAGAAACGUAAACACGCCGUUUGCAUAACAUACGGAACUCUUCCCGUGAAAGGAUGGCCACGAUAAAGUACAUUGGCCGGACAACGGAUUUCCGCGGCAAAACGCUGUGGGAAAUCGUGGGAAAUCUGAAGAACUUCGGUGUUGGACGGAUCGUCGUGAGGAGCAUGUUCGAACGAUACCCGGAACCGAGCUUCAUGAAAAUAGUGAAAGUCGAAGCACUGCCUAACGAGGAACCGGCCCGAAAGGUGCGCGUCACGGUGGAGAAAACGUUCCGAGGCCAAAAAAGCCCCAACUUGGUACAGAUCGAAAGUGUGUCCUACAAGGCGGACUACCGGCUGCUGUCAAAACACGAGGAAGCAUCGUACUGCAAGCUGGUCGACCGGGCGGAAAAGAUAUUCCCGCGCGAGAUCGAUCUACCGCCACUGUUGCAAGAGUUCAUUGCGCGCGAGACGGGUAAACCGGCGCCGAAAGUUCCGAUCAAGCUAAAGGCCGGCCGGGAAAGCAGGUACCGCGUGGCGCAGGAAGGCGAACAGCCAACGGUUGAGGUUGCAAUGAACAUCGGCAAACCGGCCUGCCCAAGCCUGUACGCCGGCUGUGAACUGUAACGUGCAUUGAAAUAUAGUCUCUAAUCAAG